CAUGGUGGACAGAGUGAAAUAUAUAUCUGCAGCCUUUGUUUGAGUUUUCACAAUACAAGAGUCGAAAGUUUUUCAAAUUUAGUGCGAUUGUCUAUUUUAUUUUGCAAUACUUAAAUGUCGAAAAAAUCCAAACCGCUAAAGGGUAUCCUUGGAUUACCGAAAAAAGCAGAAAGACAAGUAUUUGUCUUUGGGCGAUUUGCAGAAGAACUCCCGUCAGAUGACAGCGAUGAUGCAGAUUUUACCAUAUUGGAAGGUGAUGAAGACAAGGAUAAAAGACAAAAGAAUACUAAAACAAGAAAGUCUGGUAAAAAGGCAAAAUCAAAAACAGUUUCCUCAAAUGACAAUGGUGAUGAGGAGAAAUCAAAGAAAAAGAAGAGAAAUGUCCAGAAUGACUCUAGACAGACAGCCUCCUGUAAAAGAACUAAAAUGGUUCCUUCUACAGACAGCAAAGAUAUGCCUGUAACAACUAAACAACUAAAUCAGACAAGGAAUGAUACAUCAGUGUCUCCAUCUAUAUCAAGUGGAUGGACAGAGCUAAUUCCUACAGAAAUCCUAUUAUUGAUAUUCCAGAAUGUCAUUAAGAGUAUCUCUGGGUCAUCUGUACCAUUUUUGUGCAAGAUGUCAAGAGUCUGUCGCAGAUGGAGAGAAGUUGCCAUAGAACCAGUUUUAUGGAGAAAUGUUGAUUUGUCCACUUCAUGUGUUAUAAAGGCAUCCUCUGGCACAAUAGAAAAACUGGCACCCAGCAGGUUAACAGCUGUCACAGAGUUAAGUCUUUUAGGGUGGGAAAAACUUACAGAUAAAGGAAUACAGGCAAUAGGGAAACAUUGUAAACAGCUGCAAUCUAUUGUGCUAGCACAAUGUGGUAGCUUAACCUCCGCAGGUAUUGCAACCCUUGCUGAUAACUGUGGUCAGUUGAAGAUGAUAGAUGUUGCAUUUACAAAGAUUGACAUAGCCAGUCUCCAACAUCUUGUAAAAGUAUUGGGAUGUCAGCUGGAGAAUCUAAGCUUGAGGAACUGCAAUCGCUUGCAUGGAGAAUCUAUUCUUCCACUUGUCCAGGAACAUUGUCCAAACCUGAUUAGUCUUGAUCUGAGCAGUACCAGUGUAAGAAAACUUUGUGUGGAAAAGCUACAGGCUGGAUGCCCCAAACUGAAACACCUCUUUCUUGUCAAUCUUUUGCUCACCUCAACACCCAUAUGUAAAACUCUUGUCAAUGGAAAGAAACCAAAUGGCUUUACUGAGCUGGAGACACUGGGUCUGCCUUGUGGAUUCGUUGGGUCCGAUCAGAGAACUGACCGAUUACUGGAUAGAAUUCUUUGGGCAUCACGCAACCUUAAAAUGCUUGACAUCAGAGGUCCCAACAGAUAUAGCCAUGAUGGAUUACAGAGGCUGCCAGCUUCCUCACUGGAACAGCUGUACUUCACAAACAGUGCCUCAUUCAGUAAAGUUGCAGCUAUUGUGGAAAAGUGGCACCAUAGUCUGGAAGUUCUGGACCUCUCACAGAAUAAAAACGUCGAAGAUGAGGAUAUGGAACUGUUGGAAAAUUUUGGAAUGCCAAAGCUACACACUUUAGAUCUCAACAACACCAAUAUCACCGCUUUAGGCUUAAAGAGGGUGUUAAAUGGCUGUCCAAACCUCACAGAUCUAAACCUAUCCUCAUGUCGCGGACUUCCUCGAGGGAUCAAACAACGCCACCAAGGCGAGGCUGUUCUUAAACUACCACAGCGACUGGUGGAAAGUGAGCAGAUUAGUAGUGACAGCGAGUGAACGACUUUCACUUAGCUUUCUCUACAGAAGUUCCACGCGGAAGAGGUUGCAUAACUCAAGCUCCAAGAUAAACCAUCCUGUGUUUAAGAAUAUGUUAGCUGAGAAUUUCAGUCAGAUCCAGUGGCGUGUUUUUUAAGCCAAACGGAACUUACUGUACUAGCAACUUUUGUACAGACGUCUCAUGGUUCCUGAGCCACACACAUACGUGAAAUAAAUUCCCUUUUUAGCGUCAAAUGUGUAUGAUAAAAAAUGUGUUUUUACAAAAUGCGUUCCUAUUGUUUGGUGGGUUGCCUAAUUGAGACUGUGGGAUCCGUUCGCGAUCUCGCUGGUAACGAGCUUGUCUGGUAACUGAAUCGGCAGCAUGUGUUGUUGCCUCGCUGUAGGAGUGACUACUUUCUCAUUUCUCCGUACACUAUCAAGGUCGAUCAAAUACUAAGGUCUUGAGAAUAAAUAAAAUAGUCACCAACAAAGGAA